AUGGCAGCAAAGCCUCUGCACUUGCUGUCUGCGCACGAGGCAGUGCGGUUGCUGAAGGAUGGAUCUGUCACACCUCUGCAGAUGAUCGAGGUCAUCGAGAGGCGGCUAUCUCAAACAGAUGCAGUACUGCAUACGACCCCCAUCACCUGCUUCGACCGAGCCCGAGCUCAUGCUGCGCGUUUUCAGGUCCCCGAGAAUCCCCCGCCAGGCUUCCUGUAUGGUUUGCCGGUUCUGGUGAAAGAUUCGGAGGCCGUAGCUGGAGUGCGUUUUACAGAGGGCUCGCCCAUCUAUGCCGAUCGAAUCCCCGACAACAGCUCAGCACUGGUGACCCAGCUUGAAGACAGGGGCGGAAUCGUCAUUGGAAAGACGAAUGUUCCCGAGUUCUGCGCCGGCUCGCAGAGCUUCAACUCGCUCUUUCCUACGACGGUGUCUCCAUGGGAUAUUCGAACCACAGCAGGUGGCAGCAGUGGCGGAAGCUGCUCGGCAGUGGCAGGGUGCCAGAGCUGGCUGGCAACAGGCUCCGACUUGGGAGGUUCUCUUCGCACCCCCGCCGCCUUCUGCGGAUGUGUGGGCUUCCGGGUCUCCCCCGGACGUGUUCCCCGAGAUACUGCGACGCCGUCAGGUCCACUGCUGGCCCUUCACAGUAUCAAUGGCCCGGUGGGCCGAUGCGUUCGAGAUGCGGCGCUCUUUCUGGACACCCUGGAGGGCGGUCAGGGAUGGGACUUUUCAGUGCCACGGAACCUGCCUGCCGGGGAAACUUUUGAGGCCUCCGCCAUUGCUGGCGCCGAGCAGGGGGCCAAGGUCAGGGUCGGCUUCUCCACGGUGGGCCACACGUACUCCCCCACAGUCGAGGCGUUGUGCCGCAAUGCCGCAGCCUUGCUGGCAUCGGGUACUUCAGUGCAAGAAGUUGCAAGCGAUACCAUCGACUUCAGCAAGGCUGAGGAGGUGUUCUUGAUAUUGCGUGGCAACAGCUUUGCGCAGAAAUUCGCCGAUUUGAUGACAGAUGCGGAGAUGAAAGCUCUCAUCAAGCCAGAGGUUAUCUGGAAUGCAUCCAUCGCUUCAACUCUUGGUCUGGCUGCCAGAACAGGCGAAGCAGAGGACAGCCUGAAGAAGCAGUUCGCCCAGGUCCAGGAUCUCUUCAAAUCGAUCGACGUCCUUUGUGUACCAGCUACGCUGGAUGCAGCUUUUGAUGCGGAUGUGCGCUACCCCACCGAACAGCUUGGCCGGACUUUCUCGAAUUACCUGAGCUGGAUGAUGCCGGCGUGCAUCGUAACGACUUUCUUGUGCCCCGCUUUGGUGCUGCCCUGUGGCUUUCUGGAGGACGGAAGGCCCGUGGGCCUGCAGCUCGUGGCAGCCUUCGGCGAGGACGCGGCGCUGCUGCGCGCGGCAGCCGCCCUGGAGAAGCAGCUCAACCUUCCGCAGGGCUGCCCGGAGCCGCGUUGCGGCACCGCGGAGCUGGGGACCAAGGGCCCCAAAACCGUGGAAGAGGCAGCAAUCCACCACGGCGUGCGUUGCGCUUCAGACUUCAGCCCAAACGCCGCGGGCUCCGAGUCUCCGCAGUUGCACGAAGCCAGUAGCCGGCACCGCCACUGGCACUUGGUGCUGCUGCCGUGGCCGUCACCGCAGCGUAUCGAAGGCAACUUGGCUUAUGAGGCGCCAAAAGAGUGUCGCACGCGGCGGCCUCAGUAUCUCAUGAGGUGUGUGGAGGCGCCAGCGUUAGGCGCCGACCCAGAAUCCAUGCAACGUGCGCCACUGCUGAGUGGCCUGGAGGCGACAAUUCAAGGUAAGUUGGAGGAGCGAAUGCAAAGGCAACAAUCCAUGACAUCCGAGAUGCAGCGGAACCACGAUGCAUUUAAAAAGAUGCUCGAGGAAGAGCUGAGCUCCCACAUGCGCAUGAAGGACCAGCUGAAGUCACGGAUUUGUGCCCUGCAGAGCAUCUACGACGAUGCCAACGACAAGCUCGAGUUUGCUCAAACCGUGUCACAACAAUCGCAGGACAAUUGCCACGAGCUGAAGGAAGAAGUGACUGCGCUCGAGCGCAACUUGAGGGAAGUGGAGAAGAAGAACUCCGCCAAGAUUUCGCAGCUCGAAGGCGAAGCAAAGGAGAAGGAGGUGAAACUGGACCAGCUUACUAUGGCGACGUCCCGGUUGCACCAGAGUAUGAGGGAGCUGGAGGAGACUCGCCAGGUGGAAAGGAGGGAGGCUGCAGCCAAGGCACAAGACCUUCGGAAUGUCUUGCAGACAAAGCAGACCGCGCUUCAGACGGCCCUGCAUCUGCACGACGAGGUGCAGGCUGAACUUCUCAAGUGCAAAGACCAGAUCGUCGCGCUUACCAGAAAGGUGCAAGCGGCUGAGAAUCUCCUCCUCGCACAAAACAACAAGAAUCAGGAGCUGUCCAUGCGCCUGCAGCUGGCUCAAGCUGACUCUCAGCGAUUGUCGACUGAGCAGACGAGGCUGCAGCAGGAGAAGCGAGCCGCCCUCAUGCGUGAGCAACGCAUACAGGCAAAUUUCAGCAGGACAGAAGACAGGCAUCAGGCUCUGCAGCAGAUCAUUCCGCUGAUGGAAGCAGAUGAGAAGAAUCUGAAGGACCGUAUUGCCAUGCUGGAGGACCAGGCCCAGAACGAGAAAGUCCUGUCGUAUCGGUUGCAAGAGUGCGAGGACGACAACACCAGGCUGGCAGCCGAGGUGCAGCAGAUGCAGGCCUACUUUCACCAGAAGGAGAGGGAAAAGGCUGAGUUGACCAAGCAUCUCGCAGCAUUCCAGGAACGCCCUCAAGACCCAGCACAUGCCCAAGCCUCUGGAGCCAAGGCGGUGGAGUCUGCGCAAGCUGCAGAGGCACAGACUGCUGCACUGGAGACGGAGAUCCAGAAGGCCCGAAGUGCUGAGGCUCAGGCGCAGCAGGAAGAAGCUGCAGCGAAGCAGCUCGUUGAGGAGGCAAAAGCGGCACAGCUGAGAGCAGUCCAGCAGGCACAGAGUUGCACUGGGGAGGAGGCCGCCAAACUCCUCGCUGAAGCGUCGGUAGCAAAGGAGCGUGUGAGACAAGCCUUGCAAAGCCAGGCUAAGGCGGCUCAAGAUGCAGACGCGGCGAGGCAAACUGUUGCCAAGCUCCAGGAACACAUCGCGCUGUGCCACAGGGACCUCCACAGCGAAUACGAUAUCAUGGAACCUAGUUCAGACAAGCAGGAAGCUUGGCAGGUUGCACGCAGAGCAAAGCAGGCAGCUCACCUGGGUGCCUUCUGUUGUGGUGGAAAAGCAGCACUGCAACUAGUCAAGUUCGAGAUGGCCUCGACUGUGAGGAAGUACUCGACAACGGCCGCAGCUGUGGCUUGGACGCAAAGGGAAGCCGGAAGCUGGACAUGGAAGAUGGAGGCAUUUGCCACGCUUCGUGCUUUGCCCGUGUCCUUUGCUGCUUGGCCCGUGGAAAUGGCUUCGCAGGGAUACAAGGCAGAGAUGGCCCCAGCCGGAGAGUUGGAGGUGACAGAGGUGACGAACACCCAUUCAAUCAAAGCGCAGCAGACCCGAGUCUCGGAGGAGUUCAAAGAGCUGGAGAAGAACGACCCCCUGCUCAAGGAGAACCCUCGCCGUUGGGUCAUGUUCCCGCUGCAGCACCCGGAAGUCUGGGAGAUGUACAAGAAGCAUGAGGCUUCUUUCUGGACGGCGGAGGAGAUCGACCUGGCGCAGGACAACAAGGACUGGGUGACGAUGAACGAAGGCGAGCAGCACUUCGUGAAGCACGUCUUGGCCUUCUUUGCUGCAUCUGACGGAAUCGUUCUCGAGAACCUCGCCGCGCAGUUCUCCACGGAGGUGCAGAUUCCUGAGGCCAGGGCAUUCUACGGCUUCCAGAUCGCCAUGGAGAACAUCCAUUCCGAGACGUACUCGCUCCUGAUUGAGCAGUACAUCAAGGACCCUGCGGAGAAAGACAGCCUUUUCGAUGCCAUCCACACCAUGCCGGCCGUUCAGCAGAAGGCUCUGUGGGCUGUGCAGUGGAUGAACCGUGAGAGCAGCUUCACCGAGCGCUUGGUGGCUUUUGCUGCCGUGGAGGGCAUCCUCUUUAGCGGCUCCUUCUGCGCCCUCUUCUGGCUGAAGAAGCGCGGCCUGAUGCCGGGCCUGACCUUCUCCAACGAGCUCAUCUCCCGCGACGAGGGCCUGCACGCGGACUUUGCAUGCUUGCUCUACGGCAUGCUGGAGCACAAGCUUCCAGAAGACGUCGUUCACGAGAUGAUCCGCGGCGCAGUGGAGGUGGAGCGGGAGUUCAUCUGCGGGGCCCUGUCCUGCGAUUUGAUCGGCAUGAACAAGGACUUGAUGACCCAGUACAUCGAGUUCGUGGCAGAUCGCCUAUUGACGGCACUGGGACACAGCAAGAUCUUCAACUCGUCCAACCCUUUUGACUGGAUGGAGAUGAUCUCCCUGCAGGGCAAGACCAACUUCUUUGAGAAGCGCGUGGGAGAAUACCAGAAGGCGGGCGUCAUGGCGGGGCAGUCUGAUCCUCUGACAGCCUUCGCGCUGGACAAAGUAGUUCUGCGGAAUGACCUUUGCAAGAUUUGCAGGCAGCGGUUCAAGCUGGAUGCUGGCACUGUUGGUCUCGCUUUCGUCCCGCCGAGCUCAAUCGGCAGUCCCGGCUUGGCUGCUCGCAGCACCACAGCUCCGGAGGUGGGUACGAAGACGGGCCUCUCCGAUGCUGCAGCGCCGCUGGCACUUGGUGCUGCAGCAGCAGCCGCCACGGCAGCGUAUCGAAGGCGCCAGAAAACUGUCGCGCGUGCCAGCCCGGAAUCCAUGCAACGCGCGCCAUUGCUAGGUGGCCUGGAGGUGGCGAUUCAAAGCAAGCUCGAGGAGCGCUUGCAGAGGCAUGGCAGCAUCACAUCCGAAAUGCAGCGCAGCAACGAUAUUUUCAAGAAGCAGCUCGAGGAAGAGCUGAGCUCCCACAUGCGCAUGAAGGACCAGCUGAAGUCACGGAUUUGUGCCCUGCAGAGCAUCUACGACGAUGCCAACGACAAGCUCGAGUUUGCUCAAACCGUGUCACAACAAUCGCAGGACAACUGCCACGAGCUGCAGGAAGAAGUGACUGCGCUCGAGCGCAACUUGAGGGAAGUGGAGAAGAAGAACUCCGCCAAGAUUUCGCAGCUCGAAGGCGAAGCAAAGGAGAAGGAGGUGAAACUGGACCAGCUUACCAUGGCGACGUCUCGGUUGCAGCAAAGUGUCAGGGAGCUGGAAGAAACUCGGCAGGCAGAGAAAAGAGAUGCCACAAACAAGGAGCAAGACCUUCGCAAUGUGCUGCAGACGAAGCAGACCGCGCUUCAGUCAGCCCUGCAGUUCAGCGGAGAGGUGCAGGCUGAACUUCGCACUUGCAAAGAACAGAUCAUCGCUCUGACUCAGAAGGUGCAAGCUGCCGAGAAUUUCCUCCUUGCGCAGAACAACAAGAACCAGGAACUGUCGAGUCGCUUGCAGAUGGCGCAAGCUGAUUCGCAACGCUUGUCGACAGAGCAGAAGCGGCUGCAGCAGGAGAAGGCAGCAGCCUUGGUGCGUGAGCAGCGCAUUCAGGAGACGUUAAAGAAGACCGACAACAGGCAGCAGGCUCUGGAACAGAUCAUUCCUUUGAUGGAAGCAGAUGAAAAGAAUUUGAAGGAGCGGAUAACCCUGCUCGAGGACCAGGCUCAGAACGAGAAAGUCCUUUCGUAUCGACUGCAAGAGUGUGAGGACGACAACGUCAGGCUAGCAGCAGACAUACAGCGGAUGCAGGCCUACUUCCAGGAGAAGGAGAAGGAAAAGGUGGAGUUGGGCAAAUAUCUCGCAACCUUCCAGGAGCGCGCCCGUGUGGCUGCAGCUGAGGCACAGGCCUUGGGAGCCAAGGCCGAGGAGUCAGUGCGUGCAGAGAAGGCGCAGAGAACUGCGAUGGAGGCAGAGAUCCAGAAGGCCCGAAACGCCGAGGCGCAGGCACAGCGAGAAGCGGCUUUUGCCAAGCAGCUCGUUGAGGACAUCGGAGCCAAGCCACAAGGGGAAGAAGACCCAAUGCUGAUUCUGCGUCAAAGGAGGCAAAGCUGGAAGAAUUGA